AUAUUUCCGAUGGUCCUCCCAAUCCCCCCGGACGAACCCUGCUCCUCCUCCUUCUCCUUCUCCACUCUGAAACCCUAGUUCUUUGAUUGACUAGAAUGAGCUGAAAUCUAGGUUUCUUGCUUUGAUUACCUUCUCUGUAGCGUUUUGAGACGGAUUUGUAGCUCUUGGAGCCAUUACUCACGGCCACGGGAGUUGGGAUUGAUUGGGAGUGGUUGGAUUGAAAGCUGGGAGUUCUUGAAGGCAUCGGAAUGUGCGAGUUCUCCAGUUGGAUAGAAGUUCAAUCAAGCGUCUUUGUAAUUGCUGGCUUAUUUGAAUCCGGCUAAUGGGAACCAUCAGUCAGCUGAACCCUGCUGUGGUUGGCAAGGAGGGGCUGGUAGAACUUAACUUCCAUAUCCGGGAUCAACCCAAGGUUCAGGAUGUCAUCACAGGGGAGGAACAAGGACUUUCGGAGGAGGAUGAAUCCAAGAUCAAUGAAUUAGCUGAUGAUGAGACUGAAGGAAGUGAAGAAGAUGUGGCAGCCAAGGUGGCCCAUCAGUGUAGAGCUCAGAAGCAGCAGCAGCAGCAACAGCAGCAGCCACAGGGGCCACUUGUCCGUUGGGAGAGGUUCCUGCCAGUCAGAACUCUCAAGGUUCUGCUUGUGGAAAAUGAUGAUUCCACUCGUCAAGUUCUGUGUGCCUUACUUCGCAAUUGUAGCUAUGAAGUUACUGCUGCUGAAAAUGGUCUGCAAGCUUGGAAACUAUUGGAAGAUCUGACAAAUCAUGUUGAUCUUGUCUUGACUGAGGUAGUAAUGCCUUGUUUGUCUGGCAUUGAUCUUCUGUGUAAGAUAAUGAACCAUAAAACCUGCAAGACAAUUCCUGUGAUUAUGAUGUCAUCAAAUGAUUCUAUGGGAACAGUCUUUAAAUGCUUGUCAAAAGGUGCAGUUGACUUUUUAGUUAAACCUAUUCGUAAGAAUGAGCUAAAAAACCUUUGGCAACAUGUCUGGAGGAGAUGCCGCAGUUCUAGUGGCAGUGGAAGUGAAAGUGGCAUACAAACUCAAAAAUCUGCCAAAAAGUGUGUUGGUGAUUCAGACAACCAUACUGGCAGCAAUGAUGAGGAUGAUAAUGGAAGUAUUGGCUUGAAUGCGAGGGAUGGAAGUGAUAAUGGAAGUGGGACGCAGAACUCAUGGACAAAAUGCGCUGUUGAAGUUGACAGUCCCCAACCAAUGUCUCCAUCAGAUCAGUUGGCUGAUCCACAUGAUAGUACAUGUGCGCAGGUCAUCCAUCCAAAGCCUGAAUCAUUCUGCAAUGGUUGGGUGCCUUUUCCUACCACCAAGGACGGCCAACAACAAAAGCAACUUUCUGACAACAAUUCCAUGGGCAAGGACUUGGAACUCGGGGUUCCGAGAACAGAUGUACGAACUGAAUCUCAUCAGGGUGAGAAGGUUGCUAUAAAUCAGUCUGACCCAAAUGUGAAUAAAGUGCAUGAUAAUAACACAGAGAGGGGAGUAAAUGGUAAUCCAAUGGAACUAGAUAACAGUGAUAAUACUGGUGAACGAAGCACACAAGCUGCUGAUCUGAUUGGUGGAAUAGCCAAAACUUCUGAAGUUGUAAUGGUUACUGGAUCUGUCAAUGAUCCCAUUGGCUUCCCCAAAAUCUCAGAAAGCACUGUUGUUGGCUCUAAUGAUUUGCCAUACCUAGAGCUAAGUUUGAAGAGGUUGAGAUCAAGUGAUGAGGAUGGAACUGCCACUUAUGAUGAGCGCAAUAUAUUGAGACAUUCAAAUCAGUCAGCAUUUUCCAGAUACAAUAUUUCUGUUGCUUCUGUCCAAGCUCCCAAUGGAUACAAAGGAAGCUGUUCUCUUCCGCUUGAUAACAGCUCUGAUGCAGUGAAGACAGAUUCUACAUACAAUAUGACAUCUAAUUCAAAUGGCGCUCCUCUGAAGCAGGGUUCAAAUGGCAGUAGUAACAACAAUGACAUGGGGUCUUCCACUAAAAUUGCCUUCACUAAAAUUGUAGCCACUAAGGAGAAGUUACCAUCUACACUGGCAAUCAAAUGUGCCAGCCCCACAUCAGCCUUCCAUCCAGUUCAACAUCAGACUCCUACUACUCAGCAAGUGGCGCCAGAAAAAGUUGAUGAAGCUGGAGCCUCUGGAAUAUCUGGACAUUCUAGAACGUCCCCUCAGCUUCAAGUACUGUACCACCAUCAUCAUUAUCAUCAUCAUCAUCACCUUGUCCACGGCAUGCAACAGCAACAGCAGCAACAACAACAGCAACAGCAACAGCAGCAACAGCAACAGCAAAUGCAGCAACCUCCAGAACAUGAUGACUUGCCGCUUAAGAACAUGGUAGCUGCUGCUCUGCAGUGUGGAUCAUCCAAUGUGUUUGUCAUGCCAAUUGAAGGAGAAAGUGGGAGUGGUUGUGGCAAUGGUGGUGGGGGGUGGGGCAGGAACGGAAGUGGAGCCGAUCAGAACGCUUCCUCACAGAGAGAGGCCGCUUUGAACAAAUUCCGGCAGAAAAGGAAAGAGCGGAAUUUUGAGAAGAAGGUGCGUUACCAAAGCAGGAAGAGACUGGCAGAGCAGCGGCCGCGAGUUCGUGGACAGUUUGUGAGACAGAUCGUUUAUGAUGACAAACGCCGGGAAGCAGACAGCUGACGAUUACCCAUUGGCUGUUUAAUCGGGUACAUAAAAAAUUCAUCACGUAGGAGAUUAAAACUUGGUGACAACAUGAGGAGAUCAUCAAAUGCAUAGCAGACAGUUAGGAUGCAAAAUGCUCGUCAUAUUUAGUUUUGAGAAAUAAUCUUGAACAAGACUUGGGUAGUGUUUUCUGGUUUGAUUUCUUGAGUUGGUAGUAGUGCAAGAAGGUGCUAUACUAUGUGGCCCUGGGAGUUGGGCAGCUUUCAGUUGUAACAAUAAAAAGUAGUACUCCUCUGUCUAAUGCUUGUUGCUUAUUGCUGGGAUAUCUAGUUUCUCUACUCUUAAUUAGCCACUCUGUUUGUUCGCUAAUACCCUUCUCUUUCUUAUGUUUACAUUCCUGAAUUACUUUUA